GACCGCGUAGCCGCCAACAGGGUAGUUGGUUUGACCUGCCCGCACACAUAACUGUUGUAUGUUGAAGCGUACGUACCGCUUCAUAAUGAAUAUGAAAUAGUACUAUGAAAGAAACGCAAUCCACACCACGCACAACCGGUUAGUCUGAACCUUGUGGCUCACGUUGCAUUGAAUAAACUAUAAUUGUUAAACCAUUGCAGCUAUGACGUCACACUAUAAUUAAAAGUGUGGAUUCGGAACUACGAGCCUGUUACACUGGUCACAACGUGUGGAUUCGGAACGACGAAUCUUUAGUAACGACCCGACAUACAGAUUUCUAUGACCGGACCUGUUGUGUUGUUCCCUGUAUACGCCCUCAAGCGCAUUACUGGACCAAGCCCAGUCUUACGUGGCUUUCUUGGCUGUAGGUAGCUAAAUUUCCAUCACUUAACUCAUAACUCAUCACUUAAAUUCUGAUGGGAGGCAGGCUGGCUCUUAACAACAGACGCAUAUACAUUGGGGAUAGCCUGAGUGCUUAUCAAGGACAUAUUUAUGAUCGUCAACUGAUUAAAUAGGCAUUAUCUUAGUAGGGGGCUCAUGAAUACGAACCCGGGAUUCCCGGGUUCGCGAAAGCCACAUUUGACUGCGCUUGGUCCAGUAAUGCGUGGGUGAUACCUUUAAUGCCCAUUUCGAUCCUAUCGCGCAUGGGGGAAAAGUCAGGUAAUAGUGCCUGGAAGACGCAGUGGACGACUACAGUUGGAGACAUGAUGGACGAAACGUUUGCCUACGAUGACCAGCAACCCGUCUGCUCGAUACCAGACGCGCCGAUUCUCAAUCUUUCGGAUCCCAGUAUCGCAACUCGCUACGAGUACAACUCGGUUCAGAGCGCCCUUGUCACGGUCAUCUACCCAUGCAUUUGCCUAUUCGGUAUUCUGACUAACUCGAUAUUUCUGCUGACGGUUAUUCGGGUGCCACACAUGAAGAACGUAACCAACAUCUACCUGAGUAGUCUUGCCGUAUCGGAUAUCAUGUUCCUGAUAACAGGUACUGGCUUUGGCCUUUGGAGGUAUCUAUCCACACCAGUUAUUUCGGAUUUUUCUUUUCUUGGUGGGGUCCACGGCUGUUUAAUCACACAAGUUCUGAACAGUACACCUUUUUAUGCUUCGACUUUACUUGUAACAGUCGUUGCGGUAGAAAGAUACCUUGCCAUCUGCCGACCAAUUCAUCACCGGAAAAUCAACUCCAGAGGGCGUGCCUUUGCCUUAAUCGCUGUGACUUGGGUGGUAGCCUUAUGUUGUGAGGCUAUGCUCUGUCCAACUGUCUCUGAUUAUACUGUGAAAUGCGUUAUAUGGCCCGACGACGACUAUUUCAUGGAAUUUCCUCAAACCAUCGGUGGCUGUUUUUACCCGGCGCUGUGGGCCCAGAUUCUGACGGCUUUUGCAUUAAUCGUUCCAAGCCUGCUGGCUAUCUUCGUCACCUUCAUCUUGUACAUUUUGAUUGUGCGAAAGCUCAGCAAGCGGAUUCACAAGGCACCCAGUGAACAGACGUCGAAUCGCGCGAAGUCUCGUCGCACUCGAGAUCAUGUUGCUAAGAUGCUGAUUACCGCUGGUACCGUGUUCUACAUCCUCCUGACUCCUCGCACAGUAGUGACCAUUUAUUACUACAUUAAGUCUUUCGCUGGUACCCCGGGGCUUCCCCCGGGUGUAGAGUUUAUACUCUUCACUUCAACCAACAUACUUCUAUAUGUUAAUUCUGUGACAAAUCCUAUCAUGUAUGCGUUUUCAAACAAGCGUUACCGAACGGCUUUUAUACAAGCUUUUUGUCCGGGUUCAAAAAUGAUUAAUGUUUCUUCAAGUUCCUGAACAAGUCACGUUUUUUUUGCCGUUAAACGUUGCAUCAUUCUGAAAUGCGAUGCUAGAGUUCAUUCUGUACCGUAAUUUUAGGGUGUUUUGAGCAGGUUCUUUUAGGACACAAUUGAGCAUAGAAAUUGACAGGAUUGAGAUGUGAACCCUUCACCUAAUAUUUUGGCGCUCUACCAAUCUUUAAUUAAAUGUCCUGCCCUUUCAUUUAUUUUAAUAGCGAUUAUUUGUCGUUUUCUUGACAACGGGUGCCAUCUGAAUUUUAAUGAAUAAGAUUCAAAGUGACUGUUUAUGCACAUGGUUGCUGUCUGGUCGUAUAUAGAACCUAGAUUCUUUGUAAAUUUCGUCAAAGAAAAUAACACACGUUUAUGAAUCAGCAUAGCGUUAUGGGAUUUGAAUGUUUCUGCUCGGACGUUUUAAGGUACUUUUAAAUUGGUGUUUCGCCCACAUCCAACACAGUUUUCUGUAUGGACUGCCCAUAUCCAAAAUCAAAAAAAGAGGCAGGAACAUUUUAGGACAUGAUAAUGGAAACACACGUUUAAGUAGUAAACGUUUAAGGAGACUUUAAAGCCCCUUUUUAUAACGUUUAGCCAACACUUUACAAAAGCUACAGUCUGCCCUGUAAAAUGGGGCACGACAGGAGAAGCAUGGAACAUUGCCUCAAUAUCAUCAUCAAGCGUAUCAAAAAUAUCGAACGCUAUCAAUAAUCAGUGAAACGCCACUAUAACGAGCACGAUGUGGUCCACAGAAAGUGCUCGCUAUAUAGUGGUUGUUCGUUAUACUGAUUGUGCAUUAUAAUAGAAUUCACUAUUUCGGGAGCCCGUGGGGAAGUUCGUUAUAACCAAAUGUUCGUUAUAGCGGCGUUUCACUGUAUAAAGUAUUCUGGUUAACCUUUACAGGAAUUGAACUCCCUGACUGUUUUUAUCACGGUUUAAGACUUAUCUUUUUAAUGAGGAUUUUGUUUCCUUUUAAUUGAUGUGCUUGGUAUUACAAUUUUAAUAUUAUACUUUAAUUACACCUUUGGAUCGACGGGUUGGCCGGCUGGUGGGUUUGCUCGUAGUCUGUUUGUUGGUCGUUCGGUCGUUUGGUUGGUUGUUGUGUUCGGCUGGUCAUGUUUUCUAGUUUUGGUGGUCGGACUGUCUCUACUUCUGUUAAUCUUUUAGUGUGUAGCUUUGAAUGUUUUUAACUUUUAACCUUUACCUUUUAACUUUUGGUUUAGUUUUGAUGGUUUUAACUUAAUUGUACUGCGUAUAUGAGCAAAACUGAUUUGAAUAUAUGGCGUUAAAUAAAAUGUUAUUAUAUAAUAAGAACUAAGUAGGUAUACAUGUAGUUACCGACUUUUGAAAAAUUUUAAUCAUUAAACUGGGUAUGUGAUCAAGUACACGUA